UUUGGCAAGUGACUAACUUCCUGUUAUGAGACGGUAUGCUGAAUUCAUGCCAGUCCUUUAAAGACGGGCCUUUCGUGGAUAGUUCAACAUGCUUUACUGUGUGCGUAUGCUUAGGUCCUCUAAAGGAUUUUUGUCAAAAAUAUGUAUUCAAGAUGCUAUGAACGUGAACAGAUGUUUUAAAAUGCCACGAGCAAACUUAGAAUUUCGUGCGUGUCGGUACACAUGGCUUGCCCUGCGGAGAAAUGAGUUGCACGCUUCACAUGUGAGGUUUUACACAGACAUGUACCGUAACAAAAGUGAUAUAACUGAGCAGAGCCCCAGCACGUUGGAAGAGCAGAAAUACGCGGACACGGAGACGGAGAAAGCCCCAAGACAUAGUACUCUGCAGGUGUUCAACAUUGAUGUCCUGGUGUCACUUCUCCGUCAGGAAAAUGCUGCUGAUAUCUGUGUUAUCAAAGUACCGAAGGAGUUAACGUACACCGACUAUUUUGUUGUUGUCAGUGGAUUUUCAUCGCGGCAUCUUCAAGCAAUGGCAUUCUACGCGAUCAAAGUGUACAAACACCUCAGGCAAGAUGGCAACCCACAUAUCCGAAUUGAGGGCAAGGAUGCCGAGGACUGGAUGUGCAUCGAUUUUGGUGACAUCGUGGUUCAUUUCAUGCUGCCAGAAACCAGGGAGGUCUAUGAGCUCGAGAAGUUGUGGACUCUGCGGUCUUUUGAUGAGCAGCUGAGUGCCAUCCCACCAGAAAAGCUUCCCGAGGAUUUUAUCUUUGAAGCAGAAAUCCCAAAGUGACCCAAAAACCUCUGUCGGUGUUGGAUACAUCUCUGUACAUCAGUUAGUGUUGUUGGGAUUUUAGCUUGGAUGUGGAUCACUUUAGAGGACUCAUUUUUGGACAAUAAUACAUUGAUAGGAGUUCAUUACCAGAAGUUGUCGAUCAGUGUGCACUUUGCUCUUUAGCAGGGUUUGACCUGGAUGUACAGCCAUCUACCAUUUGGUUGUCUGUCCAGGGAGGCAACAGGGGAAUGGUGAAUUGGGUGACUUGUGGCAGCCAGGACAAAAACCAGGCCAGUUUAAGAAAAGUUUUAAUUGGUGAGGUGAAUGGGAAAUGAUUUUGAUUUGUUUGAAUGCUCCGUUUUUUGUUUUGUAGUGGUUGCAUGUUAACUUUGGAGUGUGAAGAACUUUGUAUAAAUUUUCAAUUGUUUAACAAGUGUUUUACAUUUAAUCAUAAAAGUUCAGUGAAAUGCAUUUAGACUGAAGUGCACCAUUAAAAAUAAAUAUGGUUGGAACUUUAAUACAA